CCGCCCGUCCAACGAACAAACCAAAAAUUAAAAAAAAAAAAACCCUAAGACACGGCCGUUCUGAUUUUCCCAAGUCGCUUUGUUUACUUCCUUUGAAAUCUCUUCCGUUUGCCCAAUUUUUCUGUUCUGGGUGAUCGAUCGAGUGAUCAAUCGAACUGUUUGUGGAUACUUGGAAGUGAUCGAACGGCUGGGUGAUGGCGCUAUUUAGCCUAUGGGGGACGUGGGAGGAGCUCAUCCUCGGUGGCGCAGUUCUCCUGCACGGUACAGCCGACUGGAACGCCAUCGCCACCGAGCUCCAGAACCGCACUGAUUUCCCAGAUCUCUUCACACCGCAGGUAUGCGAGGCCAAGUACGAGGACUUGCAAGAGCGCUACUCUGGAUGCGAUGCCUGGUUUGAAGAGCUCCGAAGCCAGAGAGUUGCUGAAUUAAAAAAAGAACUGGAAAAAUCUGUGGACUCUAUUGGAACCCUGCAAUCCAAGCUUGAAAGCCUCACUGCUGAGAAAGAAAGUGAUUGCAACAAUUUGGAUUACUUUACCAGCCGCUCCCAAUCGAUAUCACCUGCUGAUGUUGCUAAUGGUGCUGAUUAUUUCUGCAAAGAAGCUUCCAUAGAUGGAUUAUCUGCUGGUAGUUUCACAAGAAACACAGAGAGAGAUUGGGCGCCAGAAAUUGAGAUUGCCGCCUCCUGUUCCUUGCAAGAUGACGACUACAGGAUCGAAAUGGCUAGCAAUCUGUGCGCAGAUUUCGGCUCUGGAAAUUUUAGAAGGAAAAGGGACCCGAGGAAGAGGAAGCCAUGUAACAGUUUCAAGGAGGCUAGUGUAGGUGAAAGUGAAACAAGAAGAGAGGACUCUUCUGAAGGUUGCAUGCCAUCUAGUGAGAAGUUCUGUGCGGUGCAACAAGAGGAGCCUGUUGUGGAUCUGGCUGGAAUUGUGGAUUCAAUUUCAAAGCACAAGGAUGUUUCAAUUCUCCGAUAUAAAAUUGAGAAACAGAAAAACUCCAAGUAUAAGAAGCUCAUACGCCGACACGUGGAUCUGGAAACCAUAAGUUCAGGGAUUAGCAACGGUUCUAUCUCUUCUGCUAAGGAACUCUUCAGAGACUUGCUUCUACUAUGCAACAACGCCCUCGUCUUUCACAAGAGGAAUUCUCCUAAACACAAAUCCGCCCACUCUCUCAGAAAUAUCGUCAUGAAAAAUCUGCGCCACACCUUUCAUUCUCCUAUUAGCAAGCCUUGUGAAGUUGAUAAUAAGCUUCAGAAUGGGAUGGCUUAUAAGACUUUCAUUGGUAGGCAGGCUUUGGUUGCUGGUAAAGGAGCUGAAAGUCCGGCUAGGAAGAGAGGCGGUGGGAGGCCGCCGAAGGGGAGUAGGAGAGGCGGUGGAGGGUCGCCGGUGGAGAGCAGCAGUUCGACCAAGGGGAGGAAGAAAGUUUGCAGGUAAAUUGAGAGUUUAUUCUGCUAAAGGUAGCUGGUUUUAUAGGUUUUUUGGUCAUGUAUUUCUGGCCAUCUCUUGUACAGUCUGUUUGAUAAGAAAGGACAUCACGAUUGUAGUUCUAUACAGGUUUAAUGGAAUCAAACAAAAACGUAGCUCAUCUCUCAA